CAUCUCCUGUGCUCAACGCAUUUUCUUCGUGGCGCACAACUCCCUCGUUCUCCCAAAUACCUGCAAGCCCCCCCUUUUUCUCUUCCUCUUUCCAUCGAACCCCAUUCCAUUCAAAAUCCAACGGAUUUCCCGCCCUUUCUCGACCCUUUGAUGCAAUCCCGACCGUUAAUGCUCUCGGCCAUCUGAUGGGUUUUUCGAAAUCCAUCGAACAAAAGUAGAAAACAGACUCAAAAGGACCUUGAUUCAUAUAUCCUCUCUCUCUGCAUCUAUCGAUCUUUUCCUGUUCCUCCUCUUUCGAUUCUCUUCAUUUUCAGCUGAAUUUCUUCCAGAAUGGGGAAAAAUCAGGCAUACAAAGCUAUGCAGCGGGCGAGGUUGGGUUCGGGUUCUGGUGGGCCCGACGAGGUGGAAGAUGGAAUGAUGGAUGGUUCUUUUCAUUCACCAGAGUGGCAUGCAGCUCGUUUGGCCAGCCUGAAAACUUCUCACACAAUAACAUGGGAAGAGUACAAAAAGAAACAGAAGGAAGAUGAACUGAAAAAGGGCGAGAUGGAAGCAGACAAGGAUAAAAUGAUGAGAGAGUAUAGGGCUCAAUUAGAUGCUGAGAGGGCAAGCAAGCUUGCCCUUGGGAGAAACCACUCGAGCAGAAAAUCAUCCAGUCACAAGAAAGAAAGAAGGGAAAAGGAUUUCAAGAAAAGGAGCAGCAAAAAGAGAAAGCAUUCUAGGAGGAGGUCUUCGGAUUCAAGUUCCUCCAGCUCAUCAUCAGAAUCUUCUAGCAGCGACGACGAAGAGAGGGAAUCAAGGAGAUCAAAGUCAAGGUCAAAAAGAACAAAGAAAGAAAAGAAACACAAGUCAAGGCCGAAGCAUUCUAGUAGCGAUAGCGAAGAGGGUGGUGGGCCUUUGCCUCUUUCUAGAUUCUUUGGGAGUGUAAAGAGCUGAUGAUUGCCCUCUUUAUGUUUUUUUUUUUAAGACUACAGUAUAUGUUGUCACAGACCAUGAGGCAGUGGCAACUCAUGCCAAUCCAGACCAUCCAAACUGUAGGCCCACUGUGGGUGGACCAUAGAAUGACACGGGUUGGAGUAUCCUAACCAUCUAGUUGGUGGUCGUCUAAUGACAAUUCAAAGGAGAAUGGUCAGUGGUCCAAAAUUCGCUGGGCAAAAUCUGAGAUCGGUUAGAAUUUCUGAUGAGUGUGGCUUUUGGGCUGUGGUUCAUUCCAUCCACGGCGGGACCCACAAUCUAGAUGCGUAGGUCUGGUUUGCAUGUAGAGAUGUGGAUGAGUUACCGCAACUGAGCAUUUUCGUGGCAGAAUCGUCUUGGCAUUCUUCUUUCGAGUGCACAAAUAGAUUGUUGUCAGCAAAAAGUGCUGGUUUUCUUUGUUUGUCAAAUGAGGUCUGUACUAGCCAUAAAAGGAGAGUCGUUUAGUAAGUAGAAAUCCGAUCCCUGUGGUCAGAAUUACGUCGAUGAACUGUUGUGUAAUUCAGUGUUGGAUGUGUCGGAUUUUGACGAAGAUGGAUGAAUUCUGUUAUUUGUCCAUCUGCAAAUGGAUGAACCUGUCAUUGAUUUUCUUUAACUAUCAUUACUAGCAAACAAUAUUUUUGUGAUGUGGAAAACCCAAAAUCUAUUGAAUGUAUUUUUCUAGAUUUUCCAGUUAAAUAUUGUCAAACUUGGCUGUCUUCA